AUCAAUAGCAUCUGAUAUCUGACUGGGGUUCCAGUACAUUUUGAAGCCAUAGUUUAUUUCGUUGUAAAGCGCUGGUGCACGUAAACUCACUCUGAAUGUGUGUAACUCCUGUAAACACACUCGCUCAUCUUCACGCUUACAUCCCUCCAAACUGGAGUGUUUCAUAAUCUGCUCUCAGCCAGAAGAACUCCAGAUCUAUUUCUAGUCCAGGUUUCCUCCAUGUGUUGUCUCAGGAACUUUCUCAGUUACUCCUGGUUUUGUUCAUCAGGACUCUGCAGCUACACCCAGAUGAUUGAAUUCCCUCUACACAGAGUUUUGUUUCAUUCACAACAUCAAUCUGUUGAAAAAGGGGCGGUCGUCUGAGACUCUGAUCUCACACACACACACACACACACACACACACACACAUCACUCUGCACACUGGAAUGAGAACACAGCCACGGGAAGAUCUCAGGAUCUAACAGACAAUCUGUAACCUGAGUGACUUUUUUUCAUCUCACUGAUAUGAAAACUAUGUUCUUGAGAAGUUCCUGAAGAAACUCAUCAAAUCAGACCUCACCCUGUCCAGAGGAACAACGAUGAUAUGAUUCUUGUUUUGGCUCCAUCUGGGAUCGUAAUCUGAACAUCUGAAGAGCAUCGUGAGAUGGACGCAGCAUGAGGCUGUGCAACCGUGGAGCACAGAUGCUCAUCACCACCGCUGGAGCUUUCACCGCUUUCAGCCUCAUGACCAUCGCCGUAGGAACGGAUUACUGGCUUUACUCGCCCGGAGUGUGUCGCACCGAGAACACGGGAGACAACGAGACCAGCCGGAAGAACGAGGAGGUUCUCACACACUCGGGCCUCUGGCGUCAGUGCUGCAUGGAAGGUAUGUUUACAGGUGUGUGUAAAAACAUUGAUCAUUUCCCAGAAGACGCCGAGUAUGAACAAGAUGCAUCAGAAUACCUGCUCCGAGCAGUACGUGCCUCCAGUCUUUUCCCCAUCAUGAGUGUUGGGUUGUUGUUUGUUGGUGGAGUGUGUGUAGCUGCCAGCGAGUUCUACAAAAACCGCUACAACGUCAUCCUGAGUGCAGGAAUAUUCUUCGUCUCCGCCGGUCUCAGUAACAUUAUCGGGAUCAUUGUGUACAUUUCCGCUAACGCCGGAGAUCCGAAUCAGAGCGAGUCGAAACGGAGUCACUGGUACGGCUGGAGCUUCUACUGCGGCGCGCUCUCGUUCAUCAUGGCGGAGACGGUGGGCGCGCUCACGGUGCACCUCUUCAUCGACUCGCACCGCACGCGCCCUUUCCGGCGCGCGCCUCGGGGCCGCGCGCACAUGUCGCUGCAGCGUCGCCGCUCCUCCAGCUACCGCUCGCGCUACCGCGCGUACACGCGCGCCCACGUGCACGCUCUGCCGCGCGCCGGACACCCGCGCGGCGACGAGCUCGAGCUCCAGUCGCUCCGUUACUCGCAGGCCACGCCCCUACACCACAGCGCGCGCGCGCACUACAUCAAAGCCGAGAACGGUCUCGCCCUGCACGCGCACGGCCCGUUUCACGAGAAGGGGAGCCAGUGCGCGCUCCGCCUCCGUGCAGCAGCGCCGCCAUGCGGAGAACCACGCCGGUGUGAUACCACUGAGCAUCAUUCAGAAAUCUCAUCAAAUCACAGCUACAAUACACACCGGAUGACAUCACAAAUAAAAAUACAACCACAAACAUCUGGAACAUCUGGACAGCUGCUUUACACACCGGUGAGAAAUAAAGAGAAAAACCUGAAAUCUCAGACUGUGGAAGGUUUCACACUAGCAUUCAGAUGGAGCUCAUCUUCUGUAUUGGCCACGUGGUUUAAAGAAUGAAGAAAAUAAAAUCUGAACUAAAAAUGAGUAAAGAAAUUUACGAAUCAGGUUCUUCUGCAAAAACUAGAAAUAAAUUCACCUGAGAGCUUUCUGCAUUUCAUCACAAACUUAUAGGAAAAGUCAAAUAUCAUGAUCAAGAAGAGAUGUUCAAAAAUAAUGAUGAGCAUGAACAAAAGAAAAAAAGAAAGAAAGAAAGACUCAGACAGAACACACUCCUACACACUCAUCUUACCUUAAAGAAGAUAAAGAAAAGGAAGGAAUGAAGAAAAGAGAAAAGAAAGGAGAGAAAGGAUUGAUGUGCAACAAAAGGAUGACUGGAGAAAAGACAUACCUGAAGAAAGAAAGAAAGAAAGAAAGAAAGAAAGAAAGAAAGAAAGAAAGAAAGAAAGAAAGAAAGAAAGAAAAGUAAAACAAUUUAUAGACAAAAAAAAUAAUUAAAAAAAUGUUUUAAAAAGAAAGAAUGUUGCAUUAUUCUCACAGGUAAAUAAAAACAUGAUUAUUCAGUAUUUAAAAGAUGUAAAUUAAAGGAAACAUUGUUGUAAUUAAAUAUUAUUAAUUAUACACACAUUUUUAUUUCCUGUUUAUUAAAUGGUUUUGUGCUUUAAACAUUCAUUCUUUUUUUUUGCCCAAUCCAAUAAAUAAAAUGU